CGCCGGCGCAGCCGCCCCCGCCCCGCGCCCCGCCCGCACCCGCGCACGAUGGAGCGCAGGGUCGCCCGAGAGUUCCGCCACAAGGUUAAUCUAUUAAUCGACAAUGAAGCGGAGAAGGAUUAUCUUUAUGAUGUGCUACGGAUGUACCACCAAUCUAUGAAUCUUCCAGUGCUUGUGGGGGACCUAAAACUCGUGAUUAAUGAGCCAAGCAGAUUGCCUCUAUUUGAUGCUAUCCGCCCACUUAUCCCGUUAAAACACCAGGUGGAAUAUGAUCAGCUGACACCCAAACGAUCACGAAAGCUGAAAGAGGUGAGAUUGGAUCGUUUGAAUCCUGAAGGGCUUGGAAUAAGUGUGAGAGGUGGACUGGAAUUCGGCUGUGGCCUCUUCAUCUCCCAGUUAGUUAAAGGAGGACAGGCAGACAAUGCUGGACUUCAGGUUGGAGAUGAGAUAGUUCGUAUAAAUGGAUAUUCCAUUUCAUCGUGCACACAUGAAGAAGUCAUAAACCUCAUUCGUACAAAGAAAAUAGUGUCCAUAAAAGUAAGACAUGUUGGCAUGAUACCUGUCAAAAGUUCAGCAGAUGAACCCCUUAAAUGGCAAUAUGUAGAUCAGUUUGUGUCAGAAUCUGGGGAAGCAAAGGGCAGUGUUGCUGGACUUGCUUCUUCUGGAGGGAGAGACAGUAAGGAGAAGAAAGUCUUCAUUAGCUUGAUAGGUACAAAAGGCAUGGGAUGCAGUAUUUCCAGUGGUCCGACACAAAAACCAGGCAUUUUUAUCAGCAAUGUUAAGCCGGGUUCUCUUUCAGCAGAGGUGGGCUUAGAGGUUGGUGAUCAGAUUGUUGAGGUAAAUGGAGUGGACUUUUCUAACGUGGAUCAUAAAGAGGCUGUCAGAGUGCUCAAAAGUAGCCGUACUUUGACUAUCUCUGUGGUAGCAGGCGCUGGAAAGGAGCUGUUCAUGACUGAAGAAGAAAGACAAAGAGAAGCACGUCUCCGUGAGCAAGAACGCCAGGAGUUAAUGCAUCAGAAGCGGCUUGCGCUGGAGACUAACAAAAUCAUCAAAGAGCAGCAAGAGAAAGAGAGAUUAAGAAAACUGGAGAUUUCCCAGAAGGCUGCAGAGGAAGAAGAGAGAUAUCGCAGAGAAAUAGAGCAGAUAACAGCAGAGGAGGAGAAAUUUAAAAAGGAAUGGGAAGAAGACUGGGGUCCUAAAGAACCACCCAAGUCUUUAAAAACUGUAACUGCAGAAGUGCAUUCUGUCCCACGUUCCAAACACAAAACUUUUGGAUGGUUUUAUCGGUAUGAAGGAAAAUUUCCCACCAUCCGUAAGAAAGGGAAAGAACGAAAGAAGUCAAAAAGUGAUAGCUUUUGUGAACAGAAGAAGAAUAAAAAGGAAAUGGAGUUUGAGCAGAAACUUGCCAAAGAGAAAGAAGGAAUGUUGGAGAAAGAAAAACAACUGAAAAUAAAUCGUCUUGUGCAAGAGGUAUCUGAGACAGAAAGAGAGGACCUGGAAGAAUCGGAAAAGGUGCAGCACUGGGUGGAAAGACUUUGUCAAACACGGUUAGAACAGAUUUCCUCUGUGGAGAAUGAGUCUCCUGAGCUGGCAAGUGGACGUCCUUCUGCUUCGCCUUCUGCCACGUCAAUGCGGCGUUUUGCCGGUGGCCUGCAGCUUCACACCACAGAUCUUGAUGAUAUAAACUUAGAUGAAGUUGACAAGCCUAAACAACGCGCGCCACCACCUCCACCACCGCCACCCACAGUUACUCCAGCACCACCACCUCAUCCACUUCCUCCCUCAAACGUCCCACUUUCCAGAGGUCCAGCCCUGUCGGUAACACCAGCUUCCCAGGUUGUAAGAAACACCUCCCACGUUGGCAAAGUAUCUUCUGUGUCAAGCAAUCCACUGCAACUUGCUCCAAGUCCACCUACCCAACGUCAUCCAGGGGUACCAGUAGUCUCUAAACCAGUUAUGCUGCAUCCUGACCCAAACUUUAUGGUCAGGCCAACAAUCAAAUCAGAGGCCCUGCCACAAGAGAUGUUUAAAAGGAUGGUGGUUUACAAUUCAUCAUUUAGAUCUAACAAAAAACAAGGCUUCCAGAAGUACGUGGAAGAUUUUGAUCCAUAUUCAAUGUUCACCCCAGAACAGAUUAUGGGAAAAGAUGUACGGCUGUUACGAAUUAAAAAGGAAGGAUCAUUGGACCUUGCAGUCGAGGGAGGAAUUGAUUCUCCAGUUGGAAAGAUAGUUGUGUCUGCCAUAUAUGAAGAUGGUGCUGCAGACAAACACGGAGGCAUAGUGAAAGGGGAUGAAAUACUAGCUGUAAAUGGCAAGAUAUUAAUUGACAGCAAGCUGGCAGAAGCACAGGCAACUCUAGCGAAAGCUUGGAACAUGGGUGGGGAUUGGAUUGACUUAGUCAUUGCAGCAUCACCUCCAAAGGAAUAUGAUGAUGAAAUCCCUACUAUUCCCUCAUCAACAGUCAGUCCCAACACACACAGAAAGGUUUUUGAAGGCAGUGCACCCGUGUACAGACAAGGGUAUCUCCUGCAGCUGUAGCCACUGCAGUGUCCCUCAUGGUGAAUAGCCACACCUGGGUUAACAUGACUGGCCAUUGUGAGGCUGCGUUAUUUUUUGAGCAUGUGCCUGCCUGUGCAUUGCUUGCCAUGCUUGCUUUUGUUCCUGGCAUGCUGGAGUGUUCUUUGGGCUUUUGCCAUGCCUGUGCUAUUAAAAUAUAAGUAUUUAGUUUCUACUGCAUAAAGUCCCUUAGAGAUCCUCUGCAGAAUUGGUUUAUCAUCUGCUAGACUAUUAAAUAAAUAGGCCCUGCCUAAACAAGUAGGAUUAACCUAAUUGUUUUUCCUUAUCUGUGGACCACUGCUGUGGCUUUGUGAGCUCAUAAGUAUAUAAGCAACUACAAAUUACUUCCUUGUGAAGGCUUGUCCAAAGAACAAGUUUCCACUUGUGUUUUACAACAGUGUGCCUGUAAACAGGUAUUCAUGAGUGUUUGGUUUUCACUGAAGUUUGCAUCUCUUAAUUUGUCACUAUACAAUGGGUUUGUUCUGAAAUGAUCCUUGUGUCAGAAACUCAGAUUACUGUAUAUGGCUUCUCUGUGCUGUAAUCACUCUAAGUACAGUCAUAGAUCUCCAGAAACACCAAGGUAAGAUUUCUUGUUGCAUGUGGGUCUUCUCGAUUAUUACUUACAAUACAAAUCAAAGUUACUCGAGAUUGAGUUGCAAAAUUGUGCUUAUCAAAAAGACUGAAAGUUGCACUACAGCUAACAGCAUGUUUUUCACUAUAUUUUUC